AUGUGUCUCAAAGUCACAUACACUUUGAUCUGUGAGCAUGUCAAGACGCAGAUGAUCUACUGCGCCAACGCGACAUACGCGUCUGGACCAUCGGCCUCAGGAUCUGGCGGAUAUGACAGCAGCAGCAAAACACAUAAAGGGAAAGGAAAGGGAAAAGCUUCCUCUUCAUCCUCUCGGACAUCGCCGUCCUCGUCGAGCCGCAUACCCUGCACCAACCUGACACAGCAGUCGCUGCCCUAUCCGACGCCGCCGAGCUUCGAGGAUAAUCCGCAAACAGCAGCGGCGUCGCUUCUGUCGCCCAACUGUCCGUUGCCCAACUGUCCGUUUGAGGCCAAGAACCGCUGCUGGGAUUGCUGUUGGUGUGGCAAGGGGUGGAACACCAAGGGUCGCUGCAGCUGCAUAUUGCUCAUCGAUGGCAACCAGGUGCAGUGCGCUCACAUUUGCUGUCCGCAGUGCCAAGCCGCAGCGUUUCAGUGA